AUGUCUCAGUCUGCGGCAAUGAAUUUGCGCAAUUCCUUUGGUGAUCGGAAGAUCCCCGAUAUUUCACGCAAGAUCACCGCGUGUGUCUUGUGCCGCAAACUCAAGAUAAAAUGCCAUAUGAAUGAUAAUAAACCCCCCUGCAAUCGGUGUAAAGUGCGCGGGCUUGCGUGUUCGGUCAACAAGAGCCUCCAGAUGCUCUUGGAGAAUGAUGCUUCAUGGAAGGAAAAGAUGGAGGAUCGAAUUAGCAGACUUGAACAGUCUAUCACACAAAACACGACUCAGCCUUCUAGGAUUGCCUGGGGCAAUGCUCCUCCGGCACAGCUACUUAAUUCCAACAACAUCGAAACUGACACGCCCAGCAUCUUGUACAAACCAGCGCAUACCGAGACGUCCGCUACAGUAACUUUGAAUUUGUCAUGCAGUCUUGGCGCAUUUCCAGCAUCGUCAAUGAUCAAUCUUACGUUGGGUGACAUUGGAACAACCCCGGAACAAAACCCUGACCCAGUUUCAUGCGGAAUCAUCUCACAACGAAUAGCGGAGAGACUCUUCGUAUUUUAUAAACACAACCUAGACCCUUGCAUUCACAAUACCCUCACCGACAACGACACUUUCCCUGCAAUCCGUACACGCUCUCCUCUCCUCACUACUUCAAUAUGCACAGUAUCUGCGUUUUGCACUGGCUCCGAGAACUACAGCGCCCUACUAAAACAUUUCACCAACCAAGUCUCAGGGAAAGUGUUUUCGAGCAACCACACAUUCGACGACGUCCGUGCUCUGUGCAUUGGAGCUUUAUGGCUGAACGAAGUCUCCACCGCGCUGAAUAGUUUAGCUGUACGCAUUUCCACGGAGUUAGACUUACACAGGUGCAUCACAAAAAUGCCCCACACAAAACGAGCCUGCUACGACCGUACUCGGUUAUACUGGCUAGUAUAUCUCUGCGACCACCACUGCUCUCUCAUUCACGGAAGACCUCCGCUUACACGAGACUUCCACUCAUUAAGAAAACCAAGGGAUUUCCUGCAGAGUUAUUUCACCAACCCUUCUGACUUGGGUCUGAUCAGCCAGGUCGAGCUAUGGUCCAUCAGCAGUCGUGUCUUCGACAUUUUCGGCGCUGAUAUUGAAUGCAAAGCCACUAGCAAGGGGUCGGAUAAACUGGCGCAGCUAAGUGCUACCUACGAUGGAUGGUUGGAGGAAUGGAUUGCCAUGCUUUCUUUCACGGAUGCGCCGGCUACAUUUUCACGACGUCUUUUUGAUCUUUACUCCCAUUCAGCGAAGUUGUAUCUUUUCUCCCAUAUUUUUCGAGGCUCGCCGCAAGAUACAAAACUCCCAAAAGCAGGGGCUGAAUGUGAGUCUGAUACUGGUACGGACGAGUUCGCACAUGGCGCGGUGAGAAGUGCUCUGGAAAUUAUCAAAUGCAUUGUCGAUGAUGACGCAUCAUCGUCAUGGCUGGGAAAGCUACCAACCUAUAUCGGAACCAUGGUGGCAUUUGCAUGUGUCUGCCUGGUGAAAGUAUCCGCCCAACAAGGACCAUGCGUUCAUGACCUGCAAGAUGAGGGUGUUCCCAGCUACCUUCAGCGACUAGUCCAGGUCCUCCUCUCGUCGCCGGUCGUCAACCAUCCCACGCAUCCUCUACUGAGUAUUGCCAUGAGCCUAGGGACAGCUACUGCUGUCGCUGGAGGUAUAAAUUGUGUAGGUGGUCAAGAGCCUCUUGCCUCAAUCGAUAUGCGGGAUUGGGACCUUGAUUUGGGAUUUUUUGACAUGUUUACCAGCGAUACGUCGAAUGGAUGUCCCGGUAACCACGGUGCAUUUCCAGGGAUGUGA